GCUGUGAGAUUGAAAUGCAGAACUCAAGUCUCUUUCAUCGGGAAACAGACUUCCUUUUAGCUUUUUUCCUUACAUUCUUGCCCUCUCCUAGAGUGGGAAUCAGAGGGACCCGUGGACUUUUCCAGCCGGGAUUGCAGGAGGCCGGGAGACUGAAGCUGGUUGUUAAGUUCCCCUUUGGAAGCUUAGAGUAGCAGUCUCACUGGUGUCCUGCUCAGAGCAAUGGAACCUGCCUUUGGGGAAGUGAACCAGCUCGGAGGGGUGUUUGUGAACGGGAGACCCUUGCCCAAUGCCAUCAGGCUCCGGAUUGUGGAAUUGGCCCAACUGGGCAUCAGACCCUGUGACAUCAGCCGACAACUGCGGGUUUCCCAUGGCUGUGUCAGCAAAAUCCUGGCUCGCUACAAUGAGACUGGCUCCAUCUUGCCCGGGGCGAUCGGAGGCAGCAAGCCUAGGGUCACCACCCCCACGGUGGUGAAACAUAUCCGGACCUACAAACAAAGAGACCCGGGCAUUUUUGCCUGGGAGAUCCGAGACCGACUGCUGGCGGACGGCGUGUGUGACAAGUACAAUGUGCCUUCGGUCAGCUCCAUCAGCCGGAUCCUCCGGAACAAAAUCGGAAACCUCUCGCAGCAGAGUCAUUACGAAUCUUACAAACAGCAUCAACCCCCUCCCCAGCCGGCUCUGCCUUACAACCACAUAUACUCCUAUCCCAGCCCCAUCGCUGCCGCAGGAGCCAAAGUGCCGACCCCGCCAGGAGUGCCCGCAAUCCCCAGCACCAUGGCAAUGCCUAGGACCUGGCCCUCUUCCCAUUCGGUCACGGAUAUCCUGGGCAUCAGGUCCAUAACAGACCAAGUGAGUGACAGCUCGGCCUAUCACAGCCCCAAAGUGGAAGACUGGAGCAGCCUGAGCAGAAACAGCUUCCCCCCUUCCGCCCAGCACGCUGUGAACGGGCUCGAGAAGAGCUCCCUGGAGCAGGAGGCCAAGUACAGCCAGGCGCCAAAUGGUCUUCCAGCGGUCAGUGGUUUUGUCUCAGCACCAACGAUGGCCCCUUACCCUACAGCAGCUCAGGUGUCACCUUAUAUGACAUACAGUGCAGCCCCUUCUGGUUAUGUAACAGGCCAUGGUUGGCAGCAUGCUGGAGGGACUCCGCUCUCCCCUCACAACUGUGAUAUUCCUGCAUCGCUGGCAUUCAAGGGCAUGCAGACAGCCCGAGAAGGUAGUCACUCUGUCACAGCCUCUGCUCUCUGAUAUAAAAAUCAUCCUAGAAAAAAACUCAACCUUUUUCAUCCCCUCCUUGGCUCAGAGACUGAACUUUUGUGUUGGUGACAUUUACAGAUUUCUCCCCCUGACCUUUCUCCCACAAAAUCUUUGGACUGAACUAGUGAAAACAACAAAAGAAGUUGAUCCAUGGGUUUUUGCCCAUGCACUGUUUGAACUAAAGAAGAUGAUGCAUCCCUCAAAGGGCUGAUGGAACUGUAGUCUGACUAUUCAUUGGUAAAACCACCCGUAUUUAUUCUUAAUCAACAAGAACUCUUUAAACGUGCAAUUGUCAUUGAGAUUGUAUAAAAUCAAUAAAGAACAAUCAAUAGGGAAAGUUAUGCUAUGCUUCUAAUCAACAAAAGUGGCCAAACAGAGGUUAUUUGCUAAUGAUCUGUCUCUAGAGAACAAAUCCUUUAUCGACAAGGUUAAGUGAUCCACUGUUAUUGCUAAGAUAUUGCUUUUUUUGCUUGUUUAUGAAAUAUAGAGCCAAGACAAUAUGCGGCUCUCACACUCUUCCUGUAUUUCAUCCUGUUACAAAACCAGUAACAUGUUUGUAUUUUCUAUCUGUUUGUAAAUAUAAGCUUUAGACAGCAUUUGUGUUUCCAUGCCACAGUACAUUUCUGCGUCUUUUUGGACGUUAAAAGUGACUUUGUAGGUCAUUUCUGUUUUUUGGUUAGUGGUGGCAAAAGUCUCAGGUGACUGAGGAUUAGGCAGUUCUUUUGUCAUGUUUUGUGCAUACAGUGGAGGCUUCUACAUCUUAAAGAUAUUUUGUUUCUUCAGUUGAGGACUCAAAGGCAAAUGACCAAAUAAAUUCUCCCAGGUCAAACCCAUCUCCCAGAGUCAUGACACAACCACACAUAUGCCCAGGGUACAAAAGAGAUGUAGGUGGAAAAUAGCUGAACAAAUAUAAGAACUGUAGAGGAAAGUGAUUUAGAAGCCUAAGUGUAAUGUGAAACUUGUGCAGAGACACUUAAAAAGUCAAAUUAAGUUAACAAAACCACUGUGAAACCAAACUGUACUGUCAUUGUUGGCUUACCUGUGUUCAGCAAUUUCAGCUCCAGGAUUAUGUUGUAAUUUUUUGAAAAGAAAAAUUGGUCUUAAAAUGUCUGGUUUAAUGAAUGUAAAAAUGGCUCCCGUUAAAGUUUACAUUGUUGUGUAUAAACAUGCUUCACUCAUAGGUUUGCUGGUGGCGGGGUGACAAAUACAUGUUUAUUUAAUGUUAAACUCCCUUUUGGCAUUUUUGUAGCUACUGGCAAGCAUUCUGUCCCAGUCAUUUUGCUUUAAACUUUUCAACUUGACAUUAAUUCCCCCAAAGUUAAUUGUUUUGGCCUUUUCAAACUUACCUGCUUUCCAAGGGCAAUAAUAAAGUUCUGAAUAUUACUCCAAAAACGUCUUCCACAUGCUUCCAGACAUGUGUGGAACACAUGCAUGAAAGAUUUGAAAAUUGGUGUGACAUUCCAUAUCAUUAAUAUAAUAUUAAUAUAUUGUGUACAUUUAUAAUUCUUGUGCAAUACCUUAAAAGAACAUCAUUAGAUAUACUUUAAAAGACUGCAUGAAUUACAUCAUCUUGAUUUCUUCUUAGCUAUAUUAGACGUUGCUUCAAUGGCGUGAUAAAAUCCAGUACCUACUAUGGGAAUUUCAUGCUUUUAUUUAUAACUCAGAUGGCCAUAGGCAGAUUUCCAUGGCACUGUAAAGGAAAUAAUGAGUAAACAGCUACAUAUGUCUUAUGAUCUGCAGUUCUACACAGAGGUACAUAAUAUGACGAGUUCAUUAACUUCAGUGGGAUUGUUCAUGGUCUGUCAGUCUUUGCAGGAUUGGCACUUAACCAGCAGCUUGCAACUUAAUGGGAAGCUUUUAAAAAAAUGUAUUUCUAUGGUAACCAUUUGUAAUUUCAUAAACAGAAUAAAGACUCCAGAUCAGGAAUAAUCAGCCAGUCAGAUGGACUCUAAGGACUGUAUUUACCUUUGAUCUUUUUAUAAAAUAUCAACUGAAUCAUCAGGACUUGUACACAGAGAACAGAGUUAUAGCUUAGUGUGAACGAAACAAAGAUUCUAGAAUUCAGCAAAAUGCCCACUGACCUAGGCCUCAAUUCAGCAAAGGAUUUCCAUAGUUGUUUAACAAUGUGCAUCAAUCCAUCUCUAUUCAGUAAAGCACUUGACCUCACAUUUCAUUUUAAGUACAUAAUUAAGGCCCACUAAAGGCAAUGGGAUUUAAGCAUGUUCUUAAGUACUUUGUUGAGUUGAAGGACUUGAUUCUGCUCUUUUACGUUAGUAAAAGUCUAGUGGCUUCAAUGGAGUCAGUCCAUAUUUAUGCCAUUGUAGCUCAGAUCAGAAUGUGGUUCAGAGAUCCUUAAUUCCAUGCUAAAGAUAAUGAUGAACUAAUUCCAGGCAAACUCCCUAUUAAAAACUACAAGGGAGAAGGAAAAAAUAGGGGGAAAUGAUGAAUAAAUGAUUCUGUUGGCAACAUGUGAUAUUUUCCAAGUUUAUUUUUAACUUUUAAACUAAUUCUUAGACAAGAUACUAUAAACUUUGGAUUUUAAGAAGCCCAUCUCUAAUCCGCAACAUACGAUCACAAAUCUAAGCCUUCCAGAACUACAGCUUUUCUAUCGCAAAGCACUAACCUGUCUAUGAUAAAAAUGCCCAUUUCAAAAGGUUGGUUCUCUUCCUUUUCCAGUCCACAGAUGCUGGCACAAUUGAAAUAAGAGUCUGCUUUCCUGUGGCUCCCAUGAGGCAUGAAUGUGUCUUUAAAUUAUAUUUAAAGGGUCAGAUGUUCAACUGCUUGAGGAUAUGGCCUAAAAUAAUUAAUCUGUGUAUAGAAAUGUAACUUAAUGCCAAACUUUGUUUCCUUUAUCUGCAUGCCUUUGUUUAGGGCCAACUCUCAGUACAUUUACUCACAGUGACUAAUACCUUCCUCCAUGAGUGGUAAGUCAGUAGGAUAGGUGUGGAGUGAGACGAAACUCACUAAGAUGAGCAAAGGUAUCUCACGUUGAUUCUUACUGAGCUAUUUAUAACUGCUUCUUGGGAGGGGCUGGAGGUUAACAUUGGUUUUUAGUGUAAAAUUACCAUGCAGAAUUUUCUGUCGUCCAAAGACUUUUCUAACAGAAUAUACAUUUGGGUUAAACUGAAAGACUGUAUAUGUUAGCUUAAUGACCUAACACAUUUAAAUUACUUUAUUUUAAGGGUAAAUGUGUCAGCGUCUGUUCUCAGUUGCAUAGAUGUAAAUCUAGAGUAAUCCCAGUGAAAUCAGUGGAGAUAAUUUGGAUUUACAUCAGCAUAAAUGACUAUCUCUAAUAGUCAACAAUGUUUUUUCACACUGUGCAAAUGGGCUCAAUCCUGCAUUCUAAAAGUACCCAAAGCUUUAAAAGUCAAUGAGAUUUGAUACUCAUUUAUAUUAUGCUUCCAGAGUGAGGAUGUAAAAUGUCCUUAGUGUAAAUAAGAAUUAAGCUUGGACCACCAAGAAUAGUGAGGGCUUGAAGAAGUAAAAAGACACAUUUUAAAAAAAAAGAUUCCACAUUUUCUGCUAAUGGUCCUCAUUUUAUCUAAAGAUCAGGCUAAACUAUAAUUAAAACUAAUAAAUCAUAUUGGAAAGGAUAUACAACAGAAGGCUGUUUAUGUAUAUACUGAAUGUUAAAAGCCUUUUAUUUUUAUAUUUUGAAUGCUCUUAAGUUAAUAAAAGAAUAAUUAUAAGGUAUUUUGUUUUUCUUUUUUCAAAAUGUUUCAAACACUUAUCUCUUACACUUCAUAAGGGUUGAUAGUAAAAUGAUCAAUUGAGGAAUGCUUGCCCGGGAGUUAUGUUCCAUUUUGUAAUUUUAAUAGAUCUAAUUUUGUGGGGUUUAGCUCCUGAAAAGACACAGCUUUGAUAUAUCAGUGUAGUCAAACCAAGACAAAGAGACAUUUUCUGUGUGUAUGUCAGUACAAGAAUGCUUUAAAUCAGAGCUACUCAACUUUGGAAGCCUUGGGGGGCCACAGUGAU